AUGCAUAUUAGCGAGUACGACUACCUCUUCAAGCUUCUCCUCAUUGGCGACUUCGGUGUCGGCAAGCGCCCGUCACGGCCCGUCAGUGAAAUCGCCGAAGUUCUGAUGUCUCGACGCCGCGGCCGUGACCCAAAUGCUAUCUCGAUCACACUCGAGGGCCUCAUCGAUCCAACGGCCGUGUAUUGGCAGGAGCUCCAUAAAAAGAGCGCAGUUCGUAGCCUGGAAGAGGAAUUGGAGUUUUAUGAGUUGCUGGACAUGGAUGCCGAGGGCGAGACAGACAAUACUGGCGAAAAUGGUGCUCAUUCGUAG